UCCCUUAAAAUUGGCUUGAGCUGCUCAGGGAGACAGAGCCUGCGGUAACCCAGAGCUCAGCACUGAGAAGAAGCCCCUGCGAGGCUGGGAAAAGAAGCGAGAACUCGUGGACACAGAAAAAACGGGGAGCAAGAUGAAGACAGAGCUGUUGUGGGCAUUGCUGUUUUGUGGAGUGGUCUUCACAUUGCCUGGUCAGGGAGUACGCAACAGGUUCAGAAGAGGAGCCCGACCCUACAAAGUGACCUGCAGAGAUGAGCAAACACAGACAACGUACCAGCAGGAUCAGUCGUGGCUGCGCCCCAUGCUCAGAAGCAAUCGGGUGGAAUACUGCCGCUGCAUCGGUGGCUCAGCGCAAUGUCACUUGGUGCCUGUUCGAAGUUGCAGUGAACCAAGAUGCUUCAAUGGGGGUACAUGUCAGCAGGCUAUGUAUUUCUCUGACUUUGUCUGCCAGUGCCCUGAUGGAUUUGUUGGGAAACGCUGUGACAUAGAUACCAGAGCAACGUGUUUUGAGGACCAGGGCAUCACCUACAGGGGUACGUGGAGCACAGCAGAAAAUGGGGCUGAAUGCAUCAACUGGAAUAGCAGUGUUCUGUCCCUGAAGCGCUAUAAUGCAAGGAGGCCGGAUGCCAUCAAGCUGGGCCUUGGGAAUCACAAUUACUGCAGAAACCCAGACCGAGACUCCAAGCCCUGGUGCUAUGUGUUUAAGGCGGGGAAGUAUACCUCGGAGUUCUGUAGCACACCAGCUUGCCCUAAGGGACAGAGCGAGGACUGUUAUGUUGGAAAAGGGUUAACUUAUCGUGGCACCCACAGCCUCACCACAUCCAGGGCCUCCUGCCUCCCAUGGAGUUCCAGGAUCCUGAUACUCAAGAGCUACACAGCAUGGAGGACCGACUCACAGGCACUUGGCCUGGGCAGACAUAAUUAUUGCCGGUAUGGUGACUCGGGAGGACCGCUGGUAUGCAUGAUCGAUAAACACAUGACCUUAGUUGGCAUUAUCAGCUGGGGCAUUGGCUGUGGGCAGAAGGAUGUCCCUGGGGUAUAUACAAAGGUGACUAAUUACAUAGACUGGAUUCAAGACAACAUGAAGCAAUGACCCAGGAAACCCAGCUCCUUGGAUCCGAAGAAGGACCUGCCUUCCUCUUCUAUAGAAAACACAUCUAAAAGGCCAAAUGUCCUUUACACGUCAUCUUUAAGAACUGCCACUCGGCAGAGGGACAGAGGGUCUGUAGGGGAGGACAUAGCAUUUACCUUGGAUAGGUACUUUCACAGGUCUGACUUUAAAAUAAAUUCUGUCCGAUGAGACGAUGGGAAAAUGCCAAUCUCCCAUAACUCCAGGAUUUAAAAGAGAAGGGUAGACCAAAGUCCAUCAUGCUGGUCCACCAUUUUGUACACUGGACCACAAGACACAAGAACACAAGACCAUGUCUCGACAGUAAAACACCACUUGAUAUUUCAGGAAAGUUUGCAUUAGGGACAAGAAUGCAUAUUUAUAGUUACAAGAGGGCCCAACAGGGCCUCUAAGAGAUGGAGGGGCUGGCUGGCCAGAUCACAGCCCCAUAAAACCCUUGACAUCCAAUAUUCCCCACCCCCUGCCCACCCUUCAACUCUUGAGAGGUUUUCCUUUAUAGACACUGUAAAUCUUUCUUUAUAAACGAUAACGAUGGUUGGGAGAACUGUGUAAUUUUUAAUAACUGAUGAAGUAGCAUUAGCAUAUUUAUAUAUUAAUCUAUUUACAUUUUUACUUUGUUACUAUAACUUUGUAUUAUACUGUACUUAAAUAAUAAAUCCAAAGGUAUUU